AUGGACCUAGAAGCAACGUUAAGUUGGCAUCUGAGCUGUGGCUCUAGAGACCGAGGCCAUAUAUUUCCACAGUCUACGGCCUUGCGUUCGGGCUUCAUUUUCAUUGAAGAGAGAUCAACGUCAGUCAGUCCGCCCAAUCGACUCCGUCCUAUUGAUGAGAUACACUAUAAGAUUCACCACGAUUAUUUAUACUCCAAGACCGCAAGGGCUCGCCACAAUCCAGAGCCGAUGGCCAAGCGCUUGAUGGAGUAUAUCUGGUUACAGUGGCAGGCUGUACAGCACCUCCGCGCCCGUUCUUCCCUCUCCUUCGCAUAUUCCAGCUUAUUCGACAUCUAA